AUGGCUGAGUUGCAGAAAUCAUUAGCAUCAUUCAGGAGACAAGGCUCGUCAGGAUUGGUUUGGGAUGACAAGUUCCUGUCUGGUCUAAAUCAGAACCAACAACAACAACAAGAAGAGAGUAACACCGUUGGAUCAAGUGCCACGUUGGAUAGAAGUAGAUCAGCUGGAGCACAACCAUAUCGGACGGUCAACGUUUCACCACCAUCGAAGGACCCACCUUCUCCUAAGGUAGCAACCUGUGGUUUUUGUGGUUUCUUUCGGGAAUCAAAUAAACCAAAAUCUGGAAAAAAAAGAUGA